CCUCGAUCUGAAAAUCAUCUUCCUUCGCUCAUAUUGUGACUACGCUACUCGAGAUUGAGCUUAGUACGAUUCGACAGCGAACUUGGUGUAUUCAGCUCAGCUGCAAUCAGAGGAAAAGAAAACUUUUGUGACCGUCUACCUAGCUAGACGCGUGAUAAUUAUUUACGACAGCUCGGAAGUUUGAAUGGGUUAAAGUGCUCUAGGUUCAUAGUCUACCGUGUUCUACAAGAUGUUGUUGAAGAAGACGUUUAGUGUUUUUCUACAGUUGUGUAUGAUAACGCAAACGUGCAUGGCAAGAGAUGUAUUACCUCAGAUUGAGCUCUACACUCCUGACUACUCUCGAGCUUACAACAACGUCUCCAGUGUUUAUCAAUUCAUCAAACGAUUUUCAUCUCUGUACGCGACUUAUGUGAGAUUAGACGAUCGUCAGACGUCUUUGAAAGGACACCCUCUCUAUUUGAUGAGAUUGACCAACUUCUCUGUUCCUGAAGCCAGAAAAAUUAAGGUGCUGUUUUCGUAUGGCGAACAUCCUAGAGAGUUUUUUCCAGUUGAAAGUAUGCGAUUUUUUCUUCUGGAUGUAAUGAACAGUCUAAGUGGUUUUGGGAUGGCAAAGAAGAAAAUUGUGUUCAUGUUGAACAAUGUUGAUCUAUUUGUAUUGCCACUGGUCAAUCCAGAUGGGAGAUUGUAUAUUGAAAAAACUUUCAACUACUGCUGGAGGGGUACAUCAAGGGGGGUAGAUUUGAAUCGAAACUUUGAUUGGGAAUUUGGAGGACCAGGAAGCUCUGACUCACAAACUGAUGAAGAAUAUAGAGGUUUAUAUCCAUUUUCUGAACCAGAGGCAAGAUUUCUAGCAGACGUAGCAAACAGAUUUACAUUUGAUGUAUUUGUUUCAUUUCAUUCUGGUGUAAGACAAAUAUUUAUUCCAUUUUCAGACAGUAAAUCUAAGAUGUCUGCUCGACAUCAUUACAAUGAAGCAUCAGAACUGUCAUUGGCAUCAUUAAUUGCUGCUGCUGCUGGCCACCAUUUCAAAUUUAAUGUAGCACACGUGCUCAAUGAUUAUCCUGCAGAUGGGACUUCAUUUGACUACAUGGCUGGUGUGAAACAAAUACCAUUUUCACUUGCUAUUGAGAUGUGGGGUGAAGGUGAUGGGAAUGGUGUGAAAUGUUUUGAUCUUUUCAAUCCUUCUGGAAGUGAUCUGGCUGAGGCUUUGUUGACUAUUAAUCCCAUCUACAAUGUGAUAUUUCAGCAGGUAGUGGAAUGGAAGACAAUGCGAUAUCAACAUAGUCAUACGCUGUCAUAUCACUCAGAGGUUCGUAUGUUACAGGACAAAAAAGAGGAUGAGUUGAGAUCAAAUGUUAUGUGGACAUUACAGUUUUUGUGUUUCUUGUUACUACUUCUAUUUGCUGCUGCCUACUUUCGACGUCAAAGACAACCCUGUCGUACUCUGAUUAAUUUAGGAAGGAAACAACGAAUAGUUCGUUUGAAGAAUCUAUCAGAUACUCUUUGUAUUACUUAAAGUUUUGAGAGACAUUACAUCAGUAAAGUGAUUUAUUAUUCAUAUUCUGUUGUAUGUAUUUGCCAUCCAAAAUUACCAGUUUGGCUGGUUAUUGAUUCAAUAGUAUGUAAGAGGUAGCUUCAUCUUGGAGUUUCAAAGUAACUCUAAUUUGUCUUAACUAACAACAGUAUUAGUAGAUUUGGUACUGUCCCAGCUAUGACAGCUAUUGACAGAGUGAGUUGGUACAGGGGUUGUUGCAUGACCAUAUGUUACUAUUGUUUGCUAUUUCUUUAGCUUUCCUCUGGAAGGUUUGAAAUUUGAUAUAAUUUAUGACAAAUAAUCAUACAAACACUCAACUAGUCAAAAAAUUAGUUGCAAAGCUAUGGAUGUGUAGUAAAGUUAAAUGUUUUACUAACAUUUACCUAUACUGUACUGCGUAUUUGUGUCUUUCUGCAAUGGACAAAUACAGCAGUGGACAUAAAAUUAGCAGAAUAUUAAUCGAUGGCAAGCCUACGAAACAAUGGCAGAACAGCUGUUGUUUGCAGCAUUUGCCAAGCAUUAGCAUUGAAUGCCAAACUCCGUUGUCUGAUUUGUUUCUUGGAAAGAAUCGACUUGCUGCCAAUGACAUGGUUCAUCUCGGAAACAUGCCGAGGUUACAUUCAACACACUGCAGCUCGUCUACUUGAUCUUCGAGAAAACUGUGAACAACAUUCGGGUAACAAUUAACAUGUACAUAUUUGGUGUAAGCAGACAUAAUGUGAAGUGGCAUGGUAGUUUAAUAGACAAUACACGAGUGACAGAGCACUUUUCUUUUUACUAUUUAUUAGUGAGGUUUGGCGUUUAUGAACUCUGACCAGCAACAGUUAGCUUACUGUUUUAUUGUGGAGGUGUUCACUAGUAAUCUUGCACAGAUCAAAUCCAUUUUCUCUUGUGAGAAACAACAUACACAACCAUAGAAUAUAGUAUACGUUCUUUGUUAAAUACUUGUAUCACAUAGACUACUGUGUUA